AUGCAAAAAAUGGUUAAACGAUAUCCAGAAGCUUUACUUGCUGUUGCAUUUUUUAUUCCAUCUGUUGUCGUUUUUGUCACUCCAUAUAUUGGCUCAUUGUUGGUUCUAUCGAUUUUGUUCUUCUGUCAAGGUGGCACAAGUCUUAUAUUGACCAUGUGGGAUGAUCAUGCAUCAACUCCAUUGAAUACGGUUCACUUGGGCUAUGGGAUUGGUGCCGCAUUAGCUAAUAUUCUCGUAGCGCAAUUUCUCGAAACUAGCUGGUGCUCUGAUGGAUAA